CUUGAGCCAUUUUCCCUGGCUGGAUAGAGUGGCAGGGUCAGGAUACCUCCCUGCUCAGAAAGGAUGCCUGGACUCAGACUUCCCCAGUUGGGAGGAAGACUGGGCACACUCAAAUCCAGGGUGCAGGUGGAAAUCUCCGCGUUCAAACCCGAGCGGGCCAAUCAGGGCCUGGCGCGCUGGCCGGUUCAAACGCGCGGUGCAGCCGGCCUCCCGCCCCGCGCCGGGGGCUCGCUGGGGCGGGGAGCGGGUGAACCUGCUGCCUCGGUUACUGGGGAGCAACACAGACGCCUUGGGUUACCAGCGCCAUGGAGCGCUCCCUGCACCGAGUCUCCGUAGGAAGCCGGCACGGCCACCAGGACUUGUCCUUCUAUCUCACCACCUUUGGUCAGCUGAAGCUGUCGAUUGACUCCCAGGACCGGGCUCUGCUGCUCCACAUUAUAGAAGGUAAAGGCCUGAUGAGCAAAGAGCCCGGCAUGUGUGAUCCCUACGUGAAGAUUUCUUUGAUCCCAGAAGAUAACCGACUACACCGUCAGAAGACACAGACCAUCCCAGACUGCAGAGACCCAGUCUUCCACGAACACUUCUUCUUUCCCAUCCAAGAGGAAGACAAACAGAAGCGCCUUCUGUUCACCGUGUGGAACAGGGCAGGUGACUCCAGAAAGAGUGGACUCAUCGGCUGCAUGAGCUUCGGGGUGAAGUCCCUCCUGACUCCAGACAAGGAGAUCAGUGGCUGGUACUACCUUCUGGGGGAAACCCUGGGCCGGACCAAGCACCUGAAGGUGGCCAGACGGCGACUGCAGCCCCGGAGAGACCCGCUAAUGAGAAUGCCCGGAGGAGGUGGGGACCCUGAGAAUCAGGAGAAACUUAAGAUCACCAUUCCGAGGGGGAAGGACGGCUUUGGCUUCACCAUCUGCUGUGACUCUCCGGUUCGAGUACAGGCUGUAGAUUCUGGGGGCCCGGCCGAGCGGGCAGGGCUGCAGCAGCUGGACACGGUGCUGCAGCUGAACGAGCGGCCUGUGGAGCACUGGAAAUGCGUGGAGCUGGCACAUGAGAUCCGGAGCUGCCCCAGCGAGAUUAUCCUGCUUGUGUGGCGCAUGGUCCCCCAGGUCAAGCCGGGGCCAGACGGUGGAGUCCUGCGGAGGGCCUCCUGCAAGUCAACACAUGACCUCCAGUCACCCCCCAACAAGCGGGAGAAGAAUUGCACCCAUGGAGCCCAGGCCCGGCCCGAGCAGCGCCACAGUUGCCACCUGGUGUGUGACAGCUCAGAUGGGCUGCUGCUUGGUGGCUGGGAACGCUACACCGAGGUGGCCAAGCAUGGGGGCCAGCACACCCUGCCUGCACUGUCCCGUGCCACUGCCCCCACCGACCCCAACUACAUCAUCCUGGCCCCACUGAACCCUGGGAGCCAGCUGCUGCGGCCUGUGUACGAGGAGGAUGCCAUCCCUGAAGAGUCAGGGAGUCCCAGUAAAGGGAAGUCCUCUACGGGCCUGGGGAAGAAGUCCCGGCUGAUGAAGACAGUGCAGACCAUGAAAGGCCAUGGGAACUAUCAGAACUGCUCGGUCCUGAGGCCUCAUGCCUCACACUCAAGUUAUGGCACAUACGUCACCCUGGCCCCCAAAGUCCUGGUGUUCCCCGUCUUCGUUCAGCCUUUAGACCUCUGUAACCCUGCCCGGACCCUCUUGUUAUCAGAGGAGCUGCUGCUGUAUGAGGGGAGGAACAAAGCUGCAGAGGUGACUCUAUUUGCGUAUUCGGACCUGCUGCUCUUCACCAAGGAGGAUGAGCCAGGCCGCUGCAAUGUCCUGAGGAACCCCCUCUACCUCCAGAGUGUGAAGCUGCAGGAAGGUUCUUCGGAAGACCUGAAGUUCUGUGUGCUGUAUCUAGCAGAGAAGGCAGAGUGCUUGUUCACUCUGGAGGCGCACUCGCAGGAGCAGAAGAGGAGAGUGUGCUGGCGCCUGUCGGAGAACAUCGCUAAGCAGCAACAGCUGGCAGCUUCCCCCCCGGAGAGCAAGAAACUCCACCCUUAUGGCUCUCUCCAGCAGGAGAUGGGGCUUGCCAACUCAACCAAUGCUACCCAGGAUAGAAGCCUUACCUCAUCAGAACAGACUCUGAUUGGCUGAGCAAACCCAGGGCGGGACUCUGCUUCUGGCAACUUAACCCUUUCUUGGGCAUCCCCUACCGCACAGUAACCACACCUCAACUGGAGCCAAAACGGAGGACCAAGAUGGUGGCCUAAGUCAUCUGAAGGGAGUGGCCCUGUGGGUGUGAAUGGACUGGCAUCAGAAGGACCGCAGUGGCGUGAGAGGCCCUGUGGGCAUGUGCAGACUGGCAUCAGAGAGUCCCAAGUGGAGAAGACUCGGAAACUGAUUCCUUACAAGGAAGGAGUUGAUGAAAUAGCAUCUCAGCUUCUGGUGGUCCCAGCACCUGCCUUGGGGCAGCAGGAGAGGUUGGGAGAGGUCAGCUCUGAUGGAGAACAUUGCCAUGACCCUCCGCUGCCAGAAGACAUCGCCACCCAUUCAGUCACUUUUUAUUCAUUCUUCCAUUCGACAGAUAUUUUGGGGGCAUCUACUUUAUGCCAGGCUCUGUGCUAGGAGCUAGGGAUACUGUGGAGAAUAAGAUGGACGAGGUCUCUGAGCUUACCAAGAUCACAGUCCUUGUAGGGGAGUGAGCAUUAAAUAAAUCACCACCAACACACACACACACAUGUACACAUGAUUACAAACUAUGUCAUGAAGGAAAAGAACAGAUUCCUUAAGAAAAGAAUAUUAUUUAGAUUGCUAUGUGUGGGUGGGGUGGGGGCAGGGGCAGGUCAUAAAUUUUAGGCUGAGGUCUGGGGGCCAGAAAGGAGUUGGCCAGGCAGGGACUUUGGGAAGAGUGUUCCAAGCCGAUGGAACAUCCGGAGGACAGUACCUGAAAUGGCAAGGAGCUUGGCUGCCUGGGGCAAUGAAGGUCAGGCCAGUGUGGCUAGGGCUUAGUGAGGAGUCAGAUGGGGUGCGUGGGGGCCCGAUCACACAGGGCUCUGGUGGUUAAUGUUUUACUGAUUUCAUUCUAGAUUUAGUGGGAAGCCACUGAAGGCUUUUGAGAAGGUGACUCAGAGAGUCUCAGUACAUUUCUAGAAGAUCAGAGAGCUCAACAAGGGGCCCAAGUAGGUGUGGGGAGAUUAGUUAGGGGUUCCCUUCAAUCUUCCAGGUGAGGGGUGAUGGUGGCCCCUCUGGACAGUGGCUGGGGAGCAGGGUAUGGGAAUGCCCAGAGUCUGGGAUAUGAUAGAAAGUCUGGGAGGAGAAGAGAUAAUUCUCUGUCCUUCCACCCACUUUGCCCUCAUCCUUCAAUGUGUCUUGCUCCUGUGCUGGGUGCAAUUGAGGAUUGGGGCCUUCCUCACAGAGGCUCCUCCAAGGCAGCUCUCCGUAGGGACCAGAGCUGAGCUCUGAGAGUGUCCCUGGAGUUGGGAGCAGGGUGCUCUUGGCCUGGUCAAGGCAGGAAAGUUCACAGCCCCCAGGCUGCAGCAAAGGCUGCCUGUGCGCUCCCUCCAUUCUAUGCUGAAUGGUCUUAUAGGAAGCUGGAACACAGCCUUCUAGAAAGUGACUUGAUUUGCUAUCUGCAGAGCUCCUAAGAGUCAGGGACCAGGGCUAGGUAUGGCUCAGCACUCCAGGGGACACAGUUCCUGCCACAAGGCUAAAGAAAGACCUGCCAAGGGGACAGUGACUAGAGCUCAGUCUGCUCACUGCUGCACCUGCCGCCAGAGCCUGGGGUUGGGCAGAGCUCACACCCUUUUCUAACCGCCAAGACCUAGAUCGGGGGAAGCCCAGGGCCACAGAUCUGAGUGACAUAGCUCACACACAAGGGGAAUGGGUAGGACCAGUGUUGCUUGCAAAGAAAAAGGGAGUCAGAGAGGCUGGAGAGAUGGUUCAGGCCAGAGAAGCCCCUGGACCGUGGACACUCUGCACUGAGUCCUAUAAGACCUUCUCAGUGUCUUUAGAGAGGGGUCUUGUGCUCUGAUAAGUUUGCACAGCUUCUCUGGCCACUCCAAGAAGGGUGGCCUAGAAGAGAAAAUGUUCCUCACCUCCCACUUUCCCUCCUCCCAGCCUAGGCAAGGUCAGACACAUCCCAUCAGCAGUCUAACAGGGGAUGGAUGUAUCUGUCUAUGACCAGGCUCAUGCCCCCACCCAGCAGGGGAACAGGUGUGGCCUGAAGUGGGGCAAGUGAUACAGUGCCUGUCAGCCAGGAAUCAGUCUGCAGGGUUAAUUCUGAGCAGUGGAGCAGCUGGGUCUACAAGGACAGCAAGCUGCACUUUGAUUUCAUUUGAUUCCCUUACAAAAUGACAUUAAGGGGAAUGUGAGGCACAGGAGAACUGCCUGUCUGGAAAGGUAGCAAGCUGUGCUCUCUGGGACCUGGUGACCUACCUCCGUCCACCAGACAGAUGCAGAGGACAAGAGUUCUGGCCACAGGGAAAUGGAGAAUCUGAAUGCAUCACCCAGCCCUGGGGACAGGGCUUUCCUCCCAGCUUGUCCCAGGAGGCUGCUGAGUCGAGUGAAUGCUCACGUCAGGGCCCUAGGCCUGGCUGGCCACUGGGGAAGCAGACAUUAGCUCCUGGGUUGGUCUUCCUUGUGACUGCGGUGAGCCACGCUGCCAUUGCUGCUGUGCCUCUCAAAUCAAUGAAACAAUUAAUUUGGCUCCAUGGGCUCGAGAAGAUGAAAUAUGACCGGGUGGCCACUGCUUUUCAGCGUUCCAGGGCAUCCCAACCAUUCAGGAUGAUGAACAAGCUUUCAAAAUUGCAUUUGGGAGUCAUAAUCACGGGAAAUGCUGCUGGCCCCGCCCUCCACAUAAAUCACGCUAAGAAGCCCACACAAUGGUCUCUUUCCUGAUGGCCCAAUUGUCUUGGUUUGGUGUCUCAGGGCCCAGGAGCUGGGAGGAUGGGAGCACAACCAUUUAUUGUUGAAAAGGCCAUCUGUGCGAUUUGAAUACAAAGUGAUCCUUUUAGUGCCCCGCACACCCUCUGAUCCUGUGUUGGUGUUUUCUCAUGUCUCAGGCUCUGGGCCUUCGGAAACUCUGUCUCUCCUGGAAGUGGUCACACCUGGUUUCUGCUGGCCUGGGUCUAUGACCCUUUGGGAGUUGGGACCUGUUGGAAAUAAUGAUGACAUUUAUUUAUGUAUGUCUUGUUUUUAUUAAUUCUUUAUGUAAAUUUUUUUUCAUAAAUUCUUCCACCAAAGCUCUCAUUUCUCACACACAGCAACAAGGGGGCUCUGCAAAGGGAAGGCCGAGACAGUUUCCCAAUGUGGGAGGGUUCCCCGCAGUGAGAGCAUGGGCCUCAGGGAGGGCAACCGGGCCCCAGAGUAUUACCUCCCCAGGCCUCCCAGCAGCCUCGUUUUACCCGUGAAAAGGGCUAAGACUCAGAGAAGUUAAAUGAUUUAUCCAAGGUCAAACAGCUGGUAAGAGGCUGAGCUGGUCCUCAAGCUAAGGCCUCUCAACCGAAUCCACUGUUCUUUUCAGAUGUAAAGAUAGCCUUUUAGGGGUGGAACUAAGAAAAAUCAAUCAUCUCCUCCAGGAAGAGGCAGGAGGAAGACAUGCCACAUCUAGAAGCUGUGGUCCUUUAAGCUCUGGUGGGGGUACUUUAGGACAAAUAAAUGACAGGCCCUAUUCUCUACACAUUGGGGAAGAAACUUCCAGAGUUCAUAUUCCUGGGGGAGGUGGCCCAGGCUGCAAAGAUCAAUAGUUUCACAAGAUUUGAGAAGUCUGAUAUGAAAGAUAAGGUGGGGCUCCUUAGGACAGGCUCUCAGGGGCAUGGGGACAGUCAGGUGGCCCCUUUCCCUUUUGAGUCCGGAGUUCAAGAGGAUCAGCAGACAUGGUCUUGGGGUACCUGGCGGCAAUGGAACCAUGGCCACAGCUUCAGCUCCAGGUCCAAGUGGGCUAAGCAGGAGUCCUGGAAGGAGGGCUUUGACCCAAGCCCUGUUGAAGUAGGCGGGUGAGCCCAGUUCUGGGGCUAUAUUUUGCUAAUUGACUGGUUUUGAAUUUCAGCCCUAAUUACUUAACUGGGAAUCAACUGGAUUAUAUUUCAGACAUCCCCCAAUUAAGCUGACUCUUUUCCCUAAAAUGUGCAACAAUUUUCCAGUCUCUCCAGCCCUCCCCCUCCUUCCUUGCUGCCCCUCUGGCUGUGGACAGAUUCCUUCUCUGUGUCAUGUUCAUGGUCUCGGCCAUAUUGCUCUCUUUUUUUGACUUUCAACAAAGACAGCACAACCUUAUCUCCUAUCAUGUCUUGUCUUUACUUUCUCUCAGCCUUUCUCUGAAUAGGGCCACCAUCCUCCAUGUUGUUCCCAGAUCCUUGUUAAGGGCGGAAUAAUAACACUAGGUAAUUUAAUGAGCAUGUACACUGUGAGCCUGACAUGGUGCCAGGCUUUGACCUACAUUGUCUCUUUAAUCCUCACUACAGCCUCAUGAGGUGCAUUAUCCCCAUUACACAUUUACUCUCAUUAUAUCCAAUUGGGAGACGAAGCUGCUGAGUCUUAGAGAAACUUGCCCAAGGUCACGCAGCUAGGGGAUGGCUAGGAUUGGAACCUGGGCAGCCCAACUCCAGAGCAUCCGCUUUUGAUUGCUCUAUUCUCCUGCUUUGCAGCUUGAAAUCAAGCACCAUCCAAGCUGGGAGGGGCCGAGGGGACUGAACAGUCACACUCACUCCUGCCUCAAGACCAUGUGGGAGGUCAUUGUCUUCGGAAUAAAGCCCAGGUCUCAGCGUGGCUCUCAAGGUUCUCCCUGGUUGAUCUGCACAGUUCUUGCUUUGUACCCACAGUCUGACCACACUGGAUUAUUCCUUUUCCAAACUCUCUGUGUGCAUUCAUGUUUAGGCUAUUUCUUCUGGCUGAUGUGUCUGCCCUUCUCCAUUGUCCCUGCUAGAUGCAAUCCUCAAUCUUCGAGGCUUGGCUCUCCUGAGACACCUGUCUAAGGCAGGCAUCAGAGGUCAUUGCUUCCCCCUCUGCAUUCCCAUAGUGUUUUGUUCACCCAUAACAUGGUAGGUGGAUAUGUCUCACCUGCAAGACUAUGAGCUACUUGGGAACCAGUGGAGGCAAAUCUUAUUUAUUUCUUAUUCUGUUACUUCCUGGUCCUUAGUAGGUGUUCAGUAGAUGUUGUAGAAUUGAAUUGGGCCCUACAGUUCAAGGCCUUCAUGUUGUAGAAUCUAGAUGAGGAACUGAGGCUCAAAAAGGGGGAAGCGACCUGACCAGGGUCAUGGCACAAAUUACUGGCAGGGUCAGGACUAGAAAUCAGGUGUCCUGACUCUCUUGACUCAAUGCUUUUCCUGUUGCACCUCAGCUUUGUGGGACCAGAGCCUGGAUCCCCACCUGGUUCAUUAAGGUGUCCAGGUUCACUCGGGGUCAUGGAUACCACCAUAUUCCAUGCUGACUCCUGGCACCCUUGGAGGGAAAGGAGACCUAAUCAGAACUGCUCCUAUGGUUUUGGUCCCAGGUUUACAUAUCCGAAAGCAGAGAAUAUAGUAUUUAUUUUAUGAGUGACUAGACUUUUCAUGGAACUAUAGAACCUUUGAAUGUAGUACUGAAAAGCCUCCCUCCUUCACCACCAGAUCAAUUGAUUAACAAGCUGAUUUGCAGAAACCAAGACUAUAGAAGGGCCAGAGCUUAGAUGUUGCUAGAGCUGGAAGAACCCAGAUCCCUACCUGCCAGGCCAGCGCUCCCCUUCAGGGGCUUUGAAGCGUCUGCCAGAUUGGAGGCAGGGAGGGGUGCAGAGUGCCUUAGGAUCUUGUCAUCUCACUCAUUAGGAAAAGUCAGUCACCACUUUGGGCUGUAAUGGAAAUAGUGAGAAAUGGCUUGACUAAUGGCGUGGGCAGAGGUUGUCUAGUCAGCGGCUUGUCUAUAAAUUCCUGGUGUGUUCUUGCUGGAGCGGAAUGAAUGGGGCUGCUGUGUUUUACCUGGAGCUCUGAGCACAGCAGGACUAUUGGAGAUGCUUGCUGUGGUCUAGUCUAAAAAUAGUAGUCGGAGCGAACUGAGGGGAAGAGAAGGGGGCUCCUUCAGGAGCUGGGUGGGGCAACUCGAGUUGCCCCUUCCUCUUCCUGCCAGGCUCUACGUGAGGAUGUGCCCUAGCUGUAGAGAAUCUAGAUCUGGGAGAGUCUUGGAGCUGUCAGCCCUCGCACCCCCUUCUCAUACAGCAGAGGAGGCCGAGGAGGCCCUGGAGGCCCAGAGAGGUGAAAGGACUGGCCAGCCGUCACAGCUUGGGGCAAAGGUCCCAGAAAGCAGGCUGUUUUCCUCCUACUGUUUAACAGAGCAGCCGCCAGCCUUGCUAGGUUUUCUCUGGCUGCUUCUGGGUGUGCACCGGGCCUGGGAACUCCUGGGGCCGGAUGUGGUUGGGCUUCCUGAGAGUCGCCUGGCGGGCGAGGAGUCCCCAGCUAGUCUGCCCCAAGUGCUGACCUCUGCCAGCUGGCCUUCCAGCACCACGCCUUCCCUUUGCUGCUGUCCCCACCCUUACUGACUUGUCCGUCUGUUGUCCCUUGGAUUGUCUGCAGGGAGGGUGGACAAGGGCCGGCACAGAGCCAGCCCUCAAGACCAGAGGGCCUAGUAUAGCUCGAGACCUUUUUCUGCUCUUCCCUAGGAAUAAGCAGAGGGAGCUAAGGUAGAAGAAGGGCCUAGGUUUAGAGACAGGCAGGCCAGGGUUCAAAUCCCUGCUCUGCUUCUCACUAGCUGUGGGAUUCCUGGUGGGUCAUCUAGCAUCUGUCAAAUAAGAAAAGGACACCCAUCUUACUGGAUUCUUGUGAGGAUUAAAGGGGAUGGUCUGUGCAAUGUACCUGGCAUGUAGUAGGUACUCAGUAAUGGGGUUGUUGCUCAGUCAGGUGUGAACUUGUGCUUGACUCUCUGCAACCCCCUUCCUUGGGACCUCCACCCAUGGGGGCAUGGUAGGUGUUUUUUCUUUUUAAUGUAGUGGAAUUUUGUUGCAUUGUUAUAAAAGUAAGUUGUGUUUAUUAGAAAGAAAACAUGAAAUACAGUUGAAGGAAAUGUUCACCCUUAAUUCCCAUACCCGGAGAUCACUACUGUUAACAUUUUGGGGUGUUAUCUGGUGAGGCAUUUGUUUAUACACACAUAUCUUAUUUGCAAAUUGGGAUUACUGGUGUAUACAGUUUUCUAACAUGCUUUUUUCCAUUUAACAAUGUAGUGUAUCUAUGUUCCCAUGUCAAUAAAUAUUCAUCUACAGCAUCAUUUUUAGUGCUUACAAAGUAGUUCAUUAUGUAGGUGAAGCAUCCUUUAUUUAAAUAAUCUCUAAUAGUUCAACAUUUAGGUUAUUUCCAAUUUUUCAUUGUUAAAAAAGCCUGGGAUAAAAAUCCUCAUAGGUAUAUUUUAGCAUCUCUAACAUCCAGUGUAGAUAUUUGGCCCUCUACAAAUACUUUUUGAAUGAACAUUUUGUUAGAAUAAAUUCCUGGUAGUACAAAUUCCAAGUCAAAGGGCAUAUAUUUAGUAAAAAGAGUUCCUGAUACAUAUUACCAGGUGACUGUCCAGAACAGUUGUACCAUUUUAUAAUCGGUACUUUAGGUUGACUGAUAUAUCUUGCUUGGCAUGGUAAGUCCUACUUCCUGGGAAACCCCUCAGUCCCAAGCAAACUAAGACAGCCUUAGGAAGAGAAUGCCCAUUUCCCCACACCCUCACCAGCACCUUGCAUUGUUGCACUUUUUGGUAGGUUAAUUUUUUUGAUUAGUAGAGAUGUUGAAUAUUUAUGUGACUUUUAGUCACUUAUGUUUCUUCUUUUGUGAGUAGUGUUUUCAAGUGUUUUGCCCAUUUUUCUUUUAGGUUGUUUAUAGUUUAGUCAUUAAUUCACAAGAGCUCUUUAUAUAAUAAGGAUAUUUGGUCUGUUAGCCUUUUAUUUUUCAUUGUAUUUUUAAUCUAAAGAUGUUUCUGAUUAUAGGUAAUUAUAUCUAUAGAUUGUUUUAUUGAGCUAUUAUUCACAUAUACAAUUCAUCCAUUGAAGUGUAAAAUUCAGUGGCUUUUUAGUAUGCCCACAGACUUGUGCAACCUUCACCACAAUUCAAUUUUAGAACAUGUUCAUUAUGUCUAAAAGAAACCAUGCCCUUUAGCUGUCAUCCACCAAUUCCCCCAUCUCCUCUAGUCCUAGGCAACCACGAAUCUACUUUCUGUCUCUAGAUUUGCCUGUUCUGGACAUUUCACAUAAAUGGAAUCAUAUAAUGUUUGGUCUUUUGUGUCUGGGUUCUUUCAUUUAGCAUAAUGUUUUCAAGGUUCAUCCAUAUUAUAUCAUGUAUCAGCACUUCAUUCUCUUUAUGGCUGAGUAAUAUUCCAUUAUAUGGAUAUACUACAUUUUAUUUAUCCAGUCCUCCGUUGAGAAACAAUUAGGUUGUUUCCACCUUUUGGCUGUUAUGAAUAAUGCUGCCAUAAAUGUUUCUGUGCAAUUCUUUUGUGUGGGCAUGUUUUCAUUUCUCUUGAGUAUAUACCUAGGAGUGGAAUCCCUUGAUCAAAGGGUAACUGUGUUUAAUUUUUUGAGGGACUGCUAGACUGUUUUCUAAAGUGGCUGUACCAUUUUAUAGUUCUAUCAUCAGUGUUUUUCCCAUUUGUUGUUUUCCUGUUUUUAAAAUUAUAGUCAUGCCAGUGGGUAUGAAAUAGUAUCUCAUUGUGGCUUUGGAUUGCAUUUUUCUGAUGACUACUAUCAUAUAUAUAAAUUUAAACAAAUACUUUUUGCCCGUGGUGUUGUGGUAUUCACCCCAGGAUCAUACAAUAUUCACUAAUACACCUUGAACUUUAUGAUUUUAUUUUUCAGCUUGUACACUUGAGUCUAUCUGGAAUUUACUUUGGCUUAUAGUAUGAGGCAAAAUGCUUUUCAGUUUUCCCCGUUAUUUGC